ACCCUUCACGUUGCUAUGAGUGUCGUGGAGUCGACGUGGGUGCCCGGGCAGUUGUUUGCGACUCACUGGGGGAGGGUUUUUUUGCGUUGCUACGUCUAACAAACACACGCGCACACACAGAGACCCAUCGCCCGUCGACUCCCGCACAGCUUCUCAAGGGCGACAUCCCCCAAAGUUUCGUGGGAAGAUAUUCCACACGGGACAGGGCUGUGUGUCUCUGUGUCUCUGUGUGUGCAGGGCUGUGUGUCUCUGUGUCUCUGUGUGUGCAGGGCUGUGUGUCUCUGUGUGCGCGCAUGGCCGUGCUGUGCCCAGGCUGGGCCCUGGUAGUCCUCGGCACGCUGAGUGUCGCCUCGGGGGUGGUCGCCUUCUUCCCAGGCCUGAGUCUGCAGCUGCAGGCCUACGUGGCGUGGAGCUGCCGCGUGGCCUGCCCCGUGUGGGCCGGCCUGCUGGCCGUGUGCGCUGGCGCUGUCACUGUGAGAUCCGGGCUCAGGAAGCGGACACGUUCACUGGCCGAGGCUUCGUGCGCUCUCUGCGUGCUGAGCGCGGCUGCCAGCGUCCCCCACCUGUCCCUGGCCCUCUCCUCGCUGCUCAUGGGCCCCCUGUGCCGCUACUCGCACGCCGGCGUGGCCGGGACGGCCUACCUGGGCCAGGCCGUGCGGUGGCCCUACCCCUACGCUCUGUGGCAGGAGACAAGGACGUUCUGUGUGGAGCCCCUGGGGGCCGAGUGGCAGCACCUGGCCCUGCAGGUGCUGGACGUGGCCCUGUCCAGCUCCGAGCUCGCGCUGGCGAUCACCGCCGGCGUCUCCCAGGGGCGCCGCCUGGUCGCCUCACGGGUACCACAGCCCCUACAGAGUCUGUCUGUCUGA